AUGUAUGAAGAUGCGUACGAUCUCCUUAAUCCAAACAAGUACCCCCCACUCAAUCAUCCGAUAGAUGUAGACGAGGAAUCGGUUCAAACAUCGUAUGAGACAUUUACACAGCGCGAGAUAAAGAAGACCGACAAAAAACAGAAUCAUCAACUCGGUCGUGCAUUAACUCUAGGAUUACCACGGGUCGAUCAGAGAAUGAGAGACCCAAAAGAAGCAGAUGCAAGAUGGGUUGUUCUAUCAGAGUGUCACUCAUGGGACAAGAGAAAGAAGAAAUCAAAGAGAGCGGGCUGCCAGUACCUCAUGAUCCAGACAUUCCCUUCGCUUAUCGAGCAAAAUAGUCAUCUACCAGAACUUUCAAACAACAUCAAAAACCUUCAAACAAAUGAAGAACUGCGAUACAAAUUCCACUCGAACACCAAACUUCGCCAACUACUGGGAGGAAGGGUGGCCCCAAUUGUCAAAAAAGAAGUCAUAAAAAUCUUCGAUGCGUUGACCAUGGUGACAAUGAAAAUAUUCAGAGAAGGCAUGGCUGUCGAUUUCUUGACCUUUAAAGUAGCCAUUUUUUCCGUUUAA